AUGGCCACGUCGGCGGAUGCGGCUCAACCCGCCGCCCUUUCCGCUGCUGACCUCGCGCCCAUGCCCACGCCCCACGCGAUGGACCAGCAGCAGCACAGCAACCACCACCACCACCCAGACGACCACCACCACCCGCCCUCUGCACCCUCCGCAGCCAGCGCCCCCGACCUGACCCCGACCGCCUCGCCCUCCGCCGACGGCCACCCCCACCCCCCGGACCACCCGCCGCGCAAGAAGCAGAAGCGCAACAAGCCGACGCUGAGCUGCGAUUGCUGCGUCGAGCGCAAGACCAAGUGCGACCGCGGCCGCCCCCAUUGCCUGGCCUGCAUCAAGCGCCAGUCCGAGUGCCGCUAUUCCGAGGUCGCCAAUCUCAUCGCCUCUGCCGAGCGCAAUGGCGGCCGCGCCACCAGCAAGGCCCGCAAGAAGGCCAUGGAACAGGCCCAGCUGGGCGUCGUGACGCCCUCGGCCUCGUCGUCAGAGGAUUAUGGAUUCUGGAUCUACUCCCAUCAUCCGGCAAAUGAUCUGCUGGGGCUGACCGAACUGCAUGAGCAUCAGGGUUGCCCCCGCCCGCAACAGUAUCGCAGCCAGUCAACCUCGUCCACUUCCUCAUCAGUUCAUCAGCUCCUGUCCAACGUGCCCUACACCAAGCACACCCCGUCCUUGGUCUUCGGCCUGGGCUCCGAGCAUCCCUUCUCCAACUACUGGACCAUGCGUGGAGGUCUGCAAGAAGUCAUAGGCGUGCUGCCUCGCCGGGAACAGGCCGACAUAUUGGUUGCAAAGUACUUCGAGGCUGUCGAUCCCGUCUACCCCAUGAUCCACCGUCCCAAAUUCGACGCCGACUACGAGCGCUUCUGGUCGCUUUCCCACGAAGAAAAGUGCCAGGCAGACUCGGCUCUCCUCGGACUGCACUUCGUCGUGUAUGCCAUGGGCACCCAGUUCAUCCAGAUGCCUGACCCACAGGAGCGCGCCCAGAUAGCCGAAUUCUACGUGUCGGCAGCCCACCAGGCUCUUCGCAUAUCGGGAUACCUCAGCCGUAUAUCUCUCCGCACGAUCCAGGCAAUGGUGCUCAUCAACUACUUCCUCAUGAACAACAACCACGCCUCGGAUGCGUGGUCUUUUGGCGGAGUUCUGAUGCGUCAAGCGUAUGCGAUGGGCCUCAACCGUGACCCUGAGCUCAUCGUGCCACGGGCGUCAGCACUCGAGAAGCAGCAGCGGCGGAAAGUCUGGCAGGCCGUGUUAUUCCAAGACACUUUCCUGACUGUCCUCCUGAAGCUGCCGCCAACCGCCACCAUCUCGGACGUGCACGUAGACUCUUUGACGGACGAGCCGGAAGGAGAGCACGACAACGGAAGCAAUGCCAGAAACACGCCGGACCUCCUACCGAAUCCGAUGAGGAUAAGCAACAUUGCACCUCCGCCGACCAGCCUGCUCCCGCACGAGCUAGCAGAUCGCAACUACAUCCGCACCAUGUGGAAGCUUGCAAACCUGGUGCAGCGCAACAUCUGCAUCCCGAGAUCGCUGAGCCGGCCACUGACGAACUCGCCGCGGGAAAAGAGCAACCUACUUACAUCGUUCCGAUCUCUACAUGCCAACAUUCCAGCCAGCAUGGCACAGGACAUCACCAAAGAGUUCGUCGCGGCCAACCAGCGGCUUGCGAAGCAGAUGCUGUUCUUCCGUAGCAAUUACCAUCACUGCGUCAUGCUCUUGCUGGCUGACGAGAACGAAUCGUGUGGGGUCAAAUGUGACGUUCGUGGAGCGUUGGAGUCGGCCAGACUUGCCAUCCACGCCUUUGUCGAUCUCUGGGAGUAUCUGAGGGUUGACGCGGGAGUGUGGUGGGUGUUUCAGCACCGUGCGUUUGAAGAAGCGCUCAUGAUGGCGCGCCUGCUUGUGAUUCAACAACAAGAAGAUUCGCCGUAUCAAAAGCAGACCAAGGCGCCGAUCGAGGAGCCGUUGCUGGUGGCGGCGAAGCACGACAUCCGCAAAGUCAUCGAAAUCCUGGAUCACGUGGGUAGCGGAGCGCCCGAGAUGCAAAAGACCAGGACCGAAGUGCUCCGAACCGCGUUUGAGGACAUCGCAUGGUAA